AAGAGUUCCCAAGGUUUGCUCAUACGCUCUGUUUAUAACUUCUUUUAUUUGAUCAUUGGAAGAUCUAAAGCAGAGAAGAAAAACCAUGAUUUCUAUCGCCUCUCCUGAAACGCAGCCACCACAGAUCUCUUCCCAGUCCUCAGCAUGUAAAGAGAAUCAUCCAUCAAACCAAGAAACCUUCAUUUUCCGAUCAAAACUCCCAAACAUUCCCAUCUCAGACCACCUCGCUCUCCACAAAUACUGCUUCGAAACCGUCUCAGAAUUUUCAGAGCGACCCUGCUUAAUUUCUGGUUCCAAUGGCAGAAUAUACACAUUUGCAGAAGCCCAUCUUAUCUGCCAAAAAUCCGCAGUUGGGUUAUCAAAUCUUGGGAUCAAGAAAGGGGAUGUAAUCAUGAUUUUCCUUCAAAACUCCCCUGAAUUCGUCUUCUCCUUCAUGGGGGCUUCCAUGAUUGGAGCCAUAACCACAACAGCCAAUCCCUUCUACACCCAAGCAGAGAUUUUCAAGCAAUUCAGAGCCUCUGGAACAAAACUGAUCAUUACACAAUCACAAUACGUUGAGAAGCUUCGCGAUACCACCGGUGAAUUUCCAAAAAUGGGACAAGAUUUCAAGGUUGUCACCGUCGAUUAUCCACCGGAAAACUGUCUCCAUUUUUCGGUGAUCUCAGAAUCAGAUGAGAAGGAUUUAGUAAUGGUUUCGAUUGAUCCGGAUGACCCGGUUGCACUUCCAUUCUCUUCGGGAACAACUGGGUUUCCUAAAGGUGUCAUCUUGACACAUAAAAACUUGAUUUCAAGUGUAGCCCAACAAGUCGAUGGAGAAAAUCCGAAUCUGUACUUGAAAUCAGACGACAUUGUUCUCUGUGUUCUUCCCCUGUUUCACAUCUACUCUUUGAACUCUGUUCUGCUCUGCUCUCUCAGAGCCGGUGCCGGAGUUCUAUUGAUGCAGAAGUUUGAGAUUGGAACUUUGUUAGAGUUGAUACAGAAGUACCGUGUUUCGGUGGCCCCGGUUGUUCCACCGUUGGUUUUGGCGUUAGCAAAGAAUCAGAUGGUUGAGAAUUUUGAUCUUAGCUCGAUUCGGAUCGUGCUGUCUGGGGCAGCACCACUUGGGAAGGAGCUUCAGGAGGCACUACAUAGAAGAGUACCUCAGGCCGUGUUAGGACAGGGUUAUGGGAUGACAGAGGCUGGGCCGGUUCUAUCAAUGUGCCUGGGGUUCGCAAAGCAGCCCAUCCCAACCAAGUUCGGUUCGUGUGGUACCGUGGUGAGGAAUGCAGAGCUCAAGGUCAUCGACCCUGAGACUGGUUUAUCCCUCCGCCACAAUCAACCUGGCGAGAUAUGCAUUCGAGGACCUCAGAUUAUGGAAGGGUACCUGAAUGACCCUGAUGCCACAGCAACGACGAUAGACAUAGAGGGUUGGCUUCACACAGGUGACAUAGGUUAUGUAGACAACGAUGAAGAGGUCUUCAUUGUUGAUAGAGUGAAGGAGCUCAUUAAGUUCAAAGGCUUCCAGGUUCCACCGGCUGAGCUUGAGGCCCUCCUUGUGAGCCACCCAUCCAUUUCUGAUGCUGCCGUCGUCCCACAAAAAGACGAUGUUGCCGGAGAAGUUCCUGUUGCAUUCGUUGUCCGAUCGAAUGGCUUUGAGCUCACUGAAGAGGCUGUGAAGGAAUUUAUAGCAAAACAAGUGGUGUUCUAUAAGAAAUUGCAUAAGGUCUACUUCAUCCAUGCCAUUCCAAAAUCACCAUCUGGAAAGAUUUUGAGAAAGGAUCUUAGAGCCAAACUUGCCUCAUCGGACACCUAGACAGG